GCCGUCUGCGUUGUGCCAGCGCCGAAAAGCGAUUAUGGCACAGGCACGAGGCUUUGGGAGAAGGUACCUUAAAGCCUUUUUGAAAGGUUUCUUUGUUGCUGUUCCUGUGACUGUAACUUUCCUCGACAGAGUGGCUUGCAUAGCAAGAGUAGAAGGAGCUUCAAUGCAGCCUUCGUUGAAUCCAGGAGAAAGGCAGGUGUCUGAUGUAGUGCUAUUAAACCACUGGAGUAUUCGAAAUUAUGAAGUGCAACGUGGAGACAUAGUUUCACUGGUGUCUCCAAGAAACCCAGAGCAGAAGAUCAUUAAACGAGUGAUUGCUCUUGAAGGAGACAUUAUCAAAACCAUAAGUUACAAAAAGAAGUACGUGAAAGUUCCACACGGCCAUAUAUGGGUGGAAGGCGAUCAUCACGGACAUAGUUUUGACAGCAACGCUUUUGGCCCGAUCUCUCUUGGGCUUUUACAUGCCCGUGCUACGCAUAUACUCUGGCCUCCAGGACGCUGGCAGAAGUUACAGCCCAAGCUGCUUCCAGAACGCCAACCUCUCCAGAAUGAGCAGGAAUGACUGACAUAUAUCUAUGGGGAAACGAUUGAAUCUUGUAGGAACCGUACGAAAUGGGUUGGUGGCACAUCUCGGCUCAUCAAAGUAUUGCCAGCUGUACAAAGUGGGUGCAAGCAAAAUGUCUUUUUAUUACUGUAAAUCCAAACAGAAUUUUUUAUUGAAUCACAUGAAGUGGUGCACCAUUUGUUCUGAAGCAAUUGCCGCUUUAUUUGAAAUUUUGUCUUUCCAGAAGCUGUACAGUGCUUUAAUGCUUGUGCCUAUGCUGGUACCUCUGUAGUGAAAUGUGUCAUUUCCCCCACCUAUUACAUCUUUUAAUCUUUUUUCCAGGAGAUUUGAUUUUUCAGCAAUAUGUCAGAUCUUAACAUUCGUAUUGGAUUGUGAAAAUGUGAUGUCAGCUAUAUAGCUCAUCAUUCCUGCCAAGAGUUUGGAUUGCGGAAUAAUUUGUUUGUAUUGAAUGAAUAGUAUUUCUAGUCCAAAAAAAAAAAGUUGUUUGAUUUGGCUUUAUAUAUAUAUAAUUUAAAAGAAGACGUUUCAUUAAAUGCUUUUCCUUCCUUGCAUAUUAUUGGUUUCAUGAUUAAAUUGAAAAUACAUUUGUUUUUAAUUGUUUCAUAUAAAUACUUCUGAUAUAUCCAGUUGCUGAUAGAA